CAGAUCACAGCCAACAACAAACAGACAAAGCUGACCUCGAGCUGCAGUCGUCUCUGUUCUUGCUGGGUUGUCUGCCACCAUGUCUUCACGGCCGGAUCUCAGGGUGGAUGACGAAGUCGGCUUCAUCCGCUUCUACCGCUCUAUAUCCUCAAACAAGGACGACAACAACAACAACAAUGGUAACAACAAUGACACAAUCCGCAUCUUCGACCGCGGCGACUGGUACUCCGCUCACGGGACGGAAGCCGAAUUCAUCGCGCGCACUGUCUACAAGACGACCUCGGUGCUGCGGAACCUAGGCCGCAGCGAGACGGGCGGGCUCCCCUCGGUGACGAUGAGCGUGACGGUCUUCCGCAAUUUCCUGCGCGAGGCGCUCUUCCGGCUGAACAAGCGGGUGGAGAUCUGGACGGCGACGGGCCGGGGCGGGGGCACGGGCUCGUGGAAACUCGCGAAGCAGGCCAGUCCCGGCAACCUGCAGGACGUGGAGGAAGAGCUGGGGAGUGUCGGGGCGUUGAGUCUGGACGCGGCGGCGCCGAUUAUCCUCGCAGUCAAGAUCUCCGCCAAGGCUGGGGAGGCGCGGGCCGUGGGUGUGUGCUUUGCGGACGCGAGUGUGCGCGAGCUGGGCGUGAGCGAGUUUCUGGACAAUGAUGUGUACUCGAAUUUUGAGUCGUUGGUGAUUCAGCUGGGUGUUAAGGAGUGUUUGGUGCAGAUGGAUGGCGGGCGGAAGGAUGUGGAGUUGGCGAAGAUCCGUGCGAUCGCGGACAGUUGUGGGAUCGCGGUAUCGGAGCGUGCGGCGGGGGACUUUGGGGUCAGGGAUAUUGAGCAGGAUUUGACGCGGUUGUUGAGGGAUGAGCGGUCCGCGGGGACGUUGCCGCAGACGGAGUUGAAGCUGGCGAUGGGAGCCGCCGCGGCGUUGAUCAAGUAUCUUGGGGUCAUGUCCGAUGCGACGAACUUCGGCCAGUAUCAGCUGUAUCAGCAUGAUCUGUCGCAGUUUAUGAAGCUGGAUGCGUCGGCGUUGCGCGCGCUCAACCUCAUGCCGGGUCCGCGGGACGGAUCCAAGUCCAUGAGUUUGUUCGGUCUGCUGAAUCACUGUAAGACCCCCGUCGGCAGCCGCUUGCUGGCCCAGUGGCUGAAGCAGCCGCUGAUGGAUCGGGCGGAAAUUGAGAAGAGGCAACAGUUGGUUGAGGCCGUCGUGGUGGAUACGGAACUCCGGCAGACGAUGCAGGAGGAGCAUCUGCGGUCCAUCCCAGACUUGUAUCGGUUGGCCAAGCGCUUUCAGCGCAAGCAGGCGACCUUGGAGGAUGUCGUGCGCGUGUACCAGGUCGCUAUCCGUCUGCCUGGCAUUGUGGCUUCGCUUGAGAAUGUGAUGGAUGAACAGUACCAAACGCCGCUCGAGCAGGAAUAUACCUCGAAGCUGCGGGGCCACUCGGACAGUCUGGCAAAACUGGAGGAGAUGGUGGAGACGACGGUGGACUUGGACGCUCUGGAGAAUCACGAGUUCAUCAUCAAGCCGGAAUUCGACGAGAGCUUGCGCAUCAUCCGCAAGAAGCUAGAUAAGCUGCGGCAUGACAUGAACGUGGAGCAUCGUCGGGUCGGAAGGGAUCUGGACCAGGAGGUGGAGAAGAAGCUGUUCAUGGAGAACCAUCGUGUACACGGCUGGUGCUUCCGGCUCACCCGUAACGAGGCUGGUUGCAUCCGAAACAAGAGGGAAUACCAGGAGUGCUCGACGCAGAAGAACGGUGUCUACUUCACCACGUCGACAAUGCAGGCGCUGCGCCGCGAGCAUGACCAGCUUUCGUCCAACUACAACCGCACCCAGACUGGUCUGGUCAGUGAGGUGGUCAACGUUGCUGCUUCUUAUUGCCCUGUCCUGGAGCAGCUCGCUGGGGUACUGGCCCACCUCGAUGUUAUCGUCAGCUUUGCGCAUGCCGCCGUUCAUGCUCCGACUCCUUACGUUCGCCCCAAAAUCCACCCCCGAGGCACCGGUAACACCAUCCUAAAGGAGGCCCGCCAUCCCUGUAUGGAAAUGCAAGAUGACAUCUCGUUUAUCACCAACGACGUAUCCCUGAUCCGGGAUGAGUCGUCUUUCCUGAUCAUCACCGGUCCUAACAUGGGCGGUAAAUCGACUUAUAUCCGGCAGAUCGGUGUCAUUGCGCUGAUGGCACAGACGGGAUGCUUUGUGCCUUGCAGCGAAGCGGAGCUGACCAUCUUUGACUGCAUUCUCGCCCGUGUUGGUGCCAGUGACUCGCAACUGAAGGGCGUCUCGACUUUCAUGGCCGAAAUGCUUGAAACCUCCAACAUCCUCAAAUCUGCGACUUCCGAGUCUUUGAUAAUCAUCGACGAGCUAGGCCGUGGAACGAGCACUUACGAUGGUUUCGGCCUGGCGUGGGCGAUCUCCGAGCACAUCGUCACCGAGAUUCGUUGUUUUGGGCUUUUCGCAACCCACUUCCACGAGCUGACGGCCCUUGCGGACCGCUAUCCGAAAUCCGCGAAGAACUUGCACGUUGUUGCCUUCAUCGGCGACGGCACCGACGACCACAAGGACGAGAAAGACGCGAAGCGCAACCAGGUUACCCUGCUGUACCGGGUUGAACCCGGUAUCUGCGACCAGUCCUUCGGCAUCCAUGUUGCCGAAUUGGUGCGCUUCCCAGAGAAGGUGGUCAACAUGGCGCGGCAGAAGGCGGAUGAGCUGGAGGACUUUACGUCCGCCGGUGCCCAAGGCGAAGACUCGGCCAUGUCUCUCGACAAGUAUUCACAGGAGGAAGUCGAAGAGGGCAGUGCUCUCCUCAAGGCGAUGCUGCUCAAAUGGAAGGCGAAGAUUGAGUCCUCUGGGAAGGACUUGACGGUGGAGGAGAAACGGCAGAUCAUGCGCGACUUGGUUAAGAGUGAUCCAAAGCUGCAGGCAAAUAAGGUCUUCCAGGGCAUCAAAGCCUUGUAGAGUUGGUGUUCUAUGAUCAUCGGGCGAUGUCUCGGUCAUUUUUGUCUCGGAUCUAUAACUAGCGGUUAGGCGUUACGGAAAAUGGAAUCAUACUAGUGUCUUAGGGAAUGAAUG